UUUUAAUUUUAUUUAUUUUAACACCGCACGAAAAUUAUUUAAAUAUAGUUACGAUGUAGGGAAUUUACAAAAGUAUGAGUACACAUUCUUCUCUAUUAGUUUGAUAAUUUUUUCAACCGUUUGAAUUUGAAAGACUUUCCAAAACAAUCGUAGUAAUUAGUUAGGAGUUAUAAGAAGUUGACAAUAUGAAUAGUUCUGGCGAUUUAAGUCAGAUCUCUGAUAUUUCCCGAAUUUCUCGUUUGAAUUGUAGUCGAAUAUUUGGUAGAAUAGAUUCAUUGCAAAACUUAUUUGAACAACAAUGUAGUUUGAGUUACAAUACAAGCAGAAAUACUACAAAUCAAGAAUCUAACCAUUUAGAAAAAACUAUAAAAUGUCUUGCUUCAUGCGAAGAUAGCAUAGGAGAACAUGUAAAAAGCAAAGUAAUUUUAGAAUGCAUAAAAGAGGCAUCAAUGAAUGUAAAUGGGAUAUUGUCUGAUGAUGUUGCUUUUAAACUAAAAGGAUUACUUUCAAUUCAUGAGCUUAACAAAUAUAUGCAUUUGCCAUCUACAUCAAAAAAUAUACAAGAGGAGUUAUGUAUUUUGGGAAUCACAGAUUUGCCAAAAUUUGAUCUUAGUUAUGAAGAAAUACUAGACAUUAAAUAUUGUGUGGAAACACUGCUACGAGAGAAGAUACAUGAAUUUAUAUUAAGAUAUGAACAAUUAGGAGGAAACCUAAAGGAAACUCUAAGAUCAAUUGAUGGCAAUAUGCGUAAAAAAAUGUUUGAGCCUCAUGAAAUACAAAUAUUCCAAUGGAAAGAUAAAAUUGAAGAAUUAUGUGCUCAAUAUGAAGCAGAUAUUAUGAAAUGUAAGGCUUUGAUGAAUAAAUGGAAUACCUUAAAAUACAAAGAUGUAAGUAAACUUUAUUUGGAAAAAGCAGAACACAUAUUAUUGCAAGCGCAAGUUGCAGAAGUGCAAGCAAAGAUUACAAAGUUGUCAUGUAUUAUAAAAAUGUAUAAGGAGACCCCAAUAACGAUUGAUGCAUUCAGAACAUUAAAUGUAGCCAUAGAUAAGAAAUUAUUUGCAAUACUGAGUGAAAUUAAAGAGAAGGAAAACUUGAAAAAACAAUAUGAGAAGUUACAAAACACAGAAUAUAAUGAAAUCUUAAAAACUUAUCUACAUUUUUGCAAAGCUAUCGAGAAAAAAAAACAAUUAUUAGAAAAACUUUAAGUUAUUUGCCCAAAAGAAAAUCAAUUUUGAAUGUAUUUCUAUAUAAAUUUAUAUCUUGUAUAAAAAUGAAUAUAAAUAUAUAUACUGUUUAUGUGUA